CCAUGGGGUUCUAGAUUUUUCUUUUAUUGAUAUGUUGCCAAACCAAUCAAUUUUCUCAAAGGGGCGGCGUCCUACCAAUGAGAUGCAUUUAGGGGCGGGACUAAAAAGCAUCCCUGCUGCCUUUGACGUUAGAGCCGCCCACCAGUCGGAGAAUCCGCUCUGGACAUCACCGCUGGUCGGGAUUAUACUGAAUGAGUUUGCUAUAAACGGCUUGACUUACAUAAGAGGUUGUAAUUCAGUCAGUGGAAACUCAGCUAGCAUAGAUUUUCACGCUCAGCCACAAUUGGGAAUAAGACAUUUUUUGUUUAUGUUUUUUUUAGUUUGUUUUUCAUUUUAGUUAGCCUAAAAAGAGGGAAACUUGCUUAGCACGAGCACAAGAUGUCAGUGGUUGGUAUUGAUGUGGGUUUUCAGAAUUGUUACAUCGCGGUUGCCAGGAGCGGUGGCAUUGAGACCAUUGCCAAUGAGUACAGUGACAGAUGCACACCGGCUUGUGUGUCUUUUGCCUCCAAAAAUCGAAUGAUAGGAAAUGCAGCCAAGAGUCAGAUGGUGACAAACUUCAAAAAUACAGUGCAUGGUUUUAAAAAGCUUCACGGCAGAGCGUUUGACGAUGCAUUUGUCCAGGCUGAACAGCCCAAACUACCAUACAGCUUACAUAAGCUUCCUAAUGGGAAUGCUGGAAUCAAGGUGCGUUACUUGGAUGAAGAUAAAGUUUUUACAGUUGAGCAGAUCACCGGGAUGCUGCUCACCAAGCUGAGGGAGACAUCCCAGAGCGCCCUGAAGAAGCCCGUGGUGGACUGUGUCAUCUCGGUCCCAGGUUUUUUCACAGAUGCUGAAAGGCGGUCAGUGUUUGACGCUACACAAAUAGCAGGACUUAACUGUUUGCGGCUGAUAAACGACACCACUGCAGUGGCUCUGGCUUACGGGAUCUACAAGCAAGACCUUCCUAAUCCAGAGGAGAAACCGAGAAAUGUUGUUUUUGUGGACAUGGGACAUUCAUCAUUCCAGGUUUCCAUCACUGCUUUCAACAAAGGCAAACUCAAGGUUCUCUCCACAGCUUUUGACCCAUACCUGGGAGGACGUAACUUUGAUGAAGCACUGGUUGAUUACUUCUGUGAGGAGUUCAAGACCAAAUACAAGCUUAACGUGAGGGACAACCCCAGGGCUUUGCUGCGGCUGCACCAGGAGUGCGAAAAACUGAAGAAGCUCAUGAGCGCCAACUCCUCUGACUUACCUCUGAACAUAGAGUGCUUUAUGAAUGACAUCGAUGUUUCCAGCAGGAUGAACAGGGCACAGUUUGAAGACAUGUGCGCGCAGUUUCUGAUGAGGGUGGAGAUGCCGCUAAAAACAGCACUUGAACAAUCAAAAUUGAGCCGGGAUGAUGUUUAUGCUGUGGAGAUAGUUGGAGGAGCCACAAGAAUCCCAGCUAUCAAAGACAGGAUUGCCAAGUAUUUCUGUAAAGACGUCAGCACCACACUCAACGCAGACGAAGCUGUCGCAAGAGGCUGUGCACUUCAGUGUGCAAUUUUGUCUCCGGCGUUUAAAGUCAGAGAGUUUUCCAUCACUGAUGUGGUUGCUUUUCCCAUCACUCUGCGCUGGAAGACACCAACUGAGGAUGGACUGGGUGAGUGUGAGGUAUUUGGGAAGAAUCACAGUGCUCCAUUCUCUAAGGUGAUCACCUUCCACAAGAAGGAACCUUUUGAUCUCGAAGCCUUCUACAGCAACCCCCAAGAACUCCCCUACCCCGACCACAGGAUAGGCUGCUUUUCGGUUCAGAAUGUGGUUCCCCAGCCAGACGGCGACAGUUCCAAAGUCAAGGUCAAAGUACGCGUCAACAUUCACGGCAUCUUCAGCGUGUCCAGCGCAUCUCUGAUCGAAAAGCAGAAAGGAGAGGGGGAGGACAUGCAAAUUGACUCUGAGCCGAUGGUGCAGAAUGAGGGCAGAGCGGAGGAACAGACCAAAAUGCAGGUGGAUCCGGAAGGUCAAAACCAAGGUGACCAGCAUAACGAUGAGAGCAGUUUCAGCAGUAAGGAGGGGGCUGCUGGGGAAAGCCAGGACCCAACAGCUGGAGGAAGCAAGCCCAAAGUCAAGGUGAAGAGUCUUGACCUUCCCAUCAUAUCCAGCAACAUUCGACAGCUCGACACUGAGGUCCUUGCUAACUUUGUGGAGAGUGAGUGUCAGAUGAUCAGUCAGGACAAACUGGUGAAAGAGGUGAACGAUGCUAAAAAUACUGUGGAGGAAUACGUGUAUGAGCUACGGGAAAAGCUUUGCGGAAUUUACCAGAAGUACAUUAAUGAGGAGGACAGUAACCGGCUGACACUAAUGCUGGAAGAUACAGAGAACUGGCUCUAUGAGGAUGGAGAAGAUCAACCAAAACACGUCUAUGAGGAAAAAUUAGAUGCACUUAAGAGGUUGGGUCAGCCCAUUCAAGACCGACACAUUGAGCAUGAAGACAGACCUAAAGCAUUCGAAGAACUGGGAAAGAAAUUGCAGCUCUACUUAAAGUUUGUUGAUUGUUAUCGACAGAAGGACGAGCGUUUCAUGCAUUUAAGUCCAGAAGAAAUGGGCAUCGUAGAAAAGUGUGUAAAUGAAGGCAUGGGAUGGAUGAACAACAAAAUGAAUGCACAGAGUAAACUUGAUAUAACUCAAGACCCAGCUGUUAAAGUAGCAGACAUCAUUGCCAAAAUCCAGGAACUGGAGGAUGUUUGUAAUCCAGUCAUCAACAAGCCAAAGCCCAAAGAGGAAGAAACCUCUGCAGGGAAUGAGCAAAACGCUGAAGCUCAUAACGGCCCAACGCCCAAGCAGGGAGCCGAAGGGAAAGCAGAUGCGAAGGGAAGCCAGCAGACAAAGGCUGGCACGAAAGAAAUGGAAGUGGAAUGAAAAUGAUGUUAGAGAGAAAAUUCCAUGCUGCAUAUGCUAUCACACACUUCGUAGACAGUAGAAACAUCCAGGAGCAUUUCCUGAUCUUCCACAACUAUUUAAGUGUGUGCAUCCUUUCCCAUUGGGCUUUCCUGUUUGGAGUUUUCAGCCUUUCAUCCUCAUGUGUGAUAGUGUUGUGCUUUGCCCUCGUAAAGUUUGGAAUUCUUAAUAAAAAGGAAAUAAUGCUGCAGUUGACUCAA